AUUUUGACUAGUUUUUCACGGAGAAUACGAAUUCGAGGUUAGAAUCUAACUGUUAUUGAUAGGUUAAUACUAUCAGUUAUACGGGCGUAUAACAGUUUGCAGUACUGUAUAAUUUUUGUAUGGUAAUAAGUUGAACCUAUAGACAUUAACUAAUAUGGCACCGUCGUACUAUGCUGUAGCCAAAGGCCAUAAACCUGGAAUUUACAGCACUUGGGAUGAGUGUAAAACACAGAUUCACCAAUAUCCUGGUGCUGCAUUCAAAAAGUUCAAAUUACAAACAGAGGCUGAAAAUUUCAUAAAAGAAAAGAGAGGUCCAAUUAAAGAAAGUAACAGUAACAACACAAUACCCACAGAAAAGCGAAGACGAGCGUUAAGAAGAAAAGCACCUCCAAUAGUUAAUAAUAAACAAUCUAAUCCAAAAAAAUGUAAAGUAAUAGACUUGGAAAGCGAAUGUGUUCAACGAAAAAAAUUAUCAGAUUAUAUUAUGGAUGAUAAUGGAUAUGUGAAUGUAUAUACAGACGGUGCCUGUAGUUCAAAUGGCAGGAGAAAUGCGCGAGCGGGUAUAGGCGUUUGGUUUGGCGAUGGUCAUCCCAUGAAUAUAUCGCAACCUGUUGUCGGUAGAGCAACCAACAAUAUGGCAGAAAUUCAGGCGGUUACCGCGGCCGCGAAACUAGCGAAACAAGUGGGCAUUAAAAAAUUAAAGAUCCACACAGACUCGCAAUUUCUCAUCAAAUGUAUAACGCGAUGGUUGCCGAAAUGGAAAAAGAACGGAUGGAAAACCGUGGACAAGAAACCCGUUAUAAAUAAGAUUGAAUUGCUAGAAAUGGAAGAAGCUCUCGCGUCUUUGAACGUGAUCUGGAAACAUGUCAAUGGCCACGUGGGAAUUUAUGGUAAUGAAAUGGCUGAUAGACUGGCGAAGGCAGGCAGUUUAAAAUAUUAA